UCGAAAAGCAAGGCCAUUCGAAUUCGCUUUUUCCUGAAGUAAACACAUAAACAGAGAAACAAACUCUCACUCCUAGCAAAGGAACGACGCUCUCUUCCUAGGAGAGGAGGAAGCGGAACGGAACCACGAAGCGGAGGGCACCGGUUCUUCUGAGAGCGCUAAUCUGGGACGGACCAGCCCGCCCGCGGGGUUGCCGUGGAGACAGAGCGAGCUGUGUGGAUGCGGAGACGCUCUGAGGCCCGGCCUUUGGGGUCUGUCUGCGGAGAGGGCUCACAGGACCGACGAAAAGAUGAUGCUUUCAAGGGCCAAACCUGCUGUAGGCGGGGACCUACCGCAAGCGGACAAAAGAAAGAAGAAAGGUAGGAAGAUUCCAAAGCUAGAGGAGCUGCUUUCGCAACGAGAUUUCACUGGAGCUAUUACUCUAUUGGAGUUCAAACGUCAUGUUGGGGAACAGGAAGAGGAUACUAAUUUGUGGAUUGGAUACUGUGCCUUUCACCUGGGUGACUACAAGAGAGCUUUAGAGGAAUAUGAAAAUGCAACAAAAGAGGAAAACUGCAAUCCUGAAGUCUGGGUGAACCUAGCCUGUACCUACUUCUUUCUCGGAAUGUAUAAACAAGCUGAAGCAGCUGGAUUUAAAGCUCCAAAAAGCCGACUUCAAAACCGCCUCCUCUUCCACUUGGCUCACAAGUUUAAUGAUGAGAAGAAAUUGAUGAACUUUCAUCAAAAUCUUCAGGAUAUCACAGAAGAUCAGCUCAGUUUGGCCUCAAUCCACUAUAUGCGAUCUCACUACCAAGAAGCUAUUGAUAUUUAUAAGCGAAUACUGCUAGAUAACAGGGAAUACCUUGCCCUCAAUGUGUAUGUGGCCCUGUGUUACUACAAGUUGGAUUACUACGAUGUGUCUCAAGAAGUCCUGGCUGUUUACCUUCAGCAAAUUCCUGACAGUACCAUCGCGCUCAAUCUUAAGGCCUGUAAUCAUUUUCGCCUUUACAACGGCAAAGCAGCUGAGGCAGAACUCAAAAGCUUGAUGGACAACGCUUCUUCUUCCUUUGAGUUUGCUAAAGAACUCAUCAAGCACAAUCUGGUUGUUUUCCGAGGAGGUGAAGGGGCUUUGCAGGUUUUGCCCCCACUGGUUGAUGUCAUUCCUGAAGCUAGGCUGAACUUGGUGAUUUACUACCUUCGUCAAGAUGAUGUACAAGAAGCUUAUAACUUAAUUAAAGAUCUGGAACCUACUACUCCUCAGGAGUAUAUCCUCAAAGGAGUGGUCAAUGCAGCCCUAGGCCAGGAAAUGGGUUCGAGGGACCACGUGAAAAUUGCCCAGCAGUUCUUCCAGUUGGUGGGAGGAUCAGCUAGUGAAUGUGAUACAAUACCAGGGAGGCAGUGCAUGGCUUCCUGUUUCUUCCUGCUGAAGCAAUUUGAUGAUGUCUUGAUUUACCUCAACUCGUUCAAGAGUUACUUCUAUAAUGAUGACAUCUUUAACUUUAAUUAUGCCCAAGCCAAAGCUGCAACAGGCAAUACUAGUGAGGGUGAAGAGGUUUUCCUUUUAAUCCAAAGUGAGAAGAUGAAAAAUGACUACAUUUACCUCAGUUGGUUAGCUCGGUGCUAUAUCAUAAAUAAGAAACCAAGAUUAGCCUGGGAACUUUAUCUCAAGAUGGAAACCUCUGGCGAGUCCUUUAGCCUCUUACAGCUCAUUGCUAACGACUGCUACAAGAUGGGCCAGUUUUACUAUUCAGCCAAAGCAUUCGAUGUCUUAGAGAGGCUGGAUCCCAACCCUGAAUACUGGGAAGGCAAGAGGGGUGCCUGUGUAGGCAUCUUCCAGAUGAUCUUAGCUGGGAGAGAACCCAAAGAGACCCUUCGAGAAGUGCUCCAUUUACUGAGAAGCACGGGUAACACCCAAGUAGAGUACAUCAUCCGGAUCAUGAAAAAAUGGGCCAAGGAGAACAGAGUGCCUGUCUAAAGGAGCUCCAGAGUCCUUGGGAACAGUCACGGCUUUGACAUAAACUUGGAAAUCACUUUCCUCAAGUUUCAUGUAGGAUGCAGGGCUCUGUUUUAUUGACCUUUCCUUCCUUGUUCUUCGAGCCUCCAGAUCAGUGGCUGGCUUGCUUAGACCUAGCCUCCUGGCUGGACUAGGAGCCACAGUCUGUGUUGUGGCUCCUGUAUGAUCUGACUAGCAAUAAGACUUUGGACUUGUCUGGUGCCUUUCUUCCAGAAAUACUCAGAGUCCUCUUAUACUGUAAUUGACUGACUUUGAGGAGAAUGGCAUAACAUUUUUUAUAUUAGCAUUCCACAGCAUUUUCUCCUGGCUGCAAUAACAAAUGCCUUUAAUGCUCAAGAGUCACCGUCAUUCUAUCAUCUUAAUUUUAGCCAUCCAUGUACAUUAUCCCAUUUUACUGGGGAAUUCCAUAGAGUUUUGUAAUGCUUCUUUGAAUCUUGGGAGAGCAGUGGUUAUAAAUAGCCAUGUGAUUCUAAGAAUGGCAGUAAGAUCCUUUAUCAGACUGUCCAGUCAUUAAUAGAUAAUAGGCUUAUGGGAAUACUCUUUGCGUAAUUGAAUUCUUGAUGAUAACAACAUGUUACAAUGGAGUAACAUGAGUAUUGCAGUUGUUUAAAAAGUGAGUACUAGGAAAAAAGUCUCUGCGGUACAUUUAAAGAUAUUCAGGAAACAAAGUGUACAAAUCUCAUUAGCCACUUCAUUACAUUUUAGGUAACAAAACGAGUUAGGUUUUUUCUUCAUGUAUCUUCCUGAAUAAAGAUCAAUUUUGAAGUUAA